CUCGCGGUAUGAACAUUUUUGGGCGUACAGAGGAACUAAAGGAAAACAUACACAUAUUUGUUGAUGCAUGUAGUUAGCAAACUUUCUGCCCAUUUUCUUUUAACCGAAGACGGUUAACUAAUAUAAUAUGUCCAGAAUGACAUGUAUUUGUUUUGUAAGAUAUCUGCAUACUCAUUGACAUGGUUUAACAAUAAUUUUGGCAGUACAAGUUUCUACUUUCAAUGCACAGAUAAACAAACAGCAUUGCUAGCUAACGUUAGUUGCUCUUAUUGCGCGUGAAUUUCACCUGCAUGCUGACCGUUUUUCUACCAUGAAAGGGCUUUACUGUAAACUGGGUGAAACCGCUGCAGAUGCGAAAUUUGUCGUCCGGGAGACGAAUGUACCCAGUGCCCUUGGUAGCAACCAGGUCAAAGUGCAAGUGAAGGCAUGUGCCCUUAGUCCACUGGAUAUAAAACUCCACGAGGAUCUAAAGUUCCAAAGGGACCUGGUGCCAGUAGGGAGGGAGAUUGUUGGGAUCGUCCUCCAAGUUGGGCCUAAGGUGACCUUUUUCCAACCUGAUGAUGAAGUUGUAGGAAUUCUGCCCUUGGAUACAGCAAUGUCUGGUUUGUGCGAUGUCGUUGUCAUCAACGAGCAUCAUCUUGUGCAGAAGCCAGAGAAGUUGAGCUGGGUGGAGGCGGCAGGGGCCAUUCGGGAUGGACUGCGGGCCUAUACAGCCCUCCAUACCCUAGCCCGUAUGGCAUCCGGGCACACUCUGCUGGUGCUGGACGGAGCCAGUCCCUUUGGAGUUCUGGCCAUCCAGCUGGCCCACUACCAUGGAGUCAAAGUACUGGCGUCUGCCCUGUCCUCCGAAGACCAGAAGUUCCUGGAGCAGCUUCGGCCCAGCGUUGCCAGGGUGAUAGGUGUGUGGGAUGCCAAGGUAGACCUGGUGGAUUCUUGUUUGGAAGAGACGGGCGGUCUAGGGGUGGACAUUGUCAUGGACUCCGGAGUGAGAUUGCAUGAGGAGGAGCCAGAGACCAGGUGUCUUCUGCCCUACAAGCAUGACAUCAUCACCCUGAUUGGGGUCGGAGGUCACUGGGUUACAACUGAGCAAAACCUGCAGCUGGACCCUCCAGAUAGCCGCAGCCUCUUCCUGAAGGCCGCCUCCCUGUCUUUCCUCAACGAGGAAGUGUGGGGGGCAUCCAGUGCCCGCCAAGGGAGGUACCUCCACAUCAUGAAGGAUAUAGUGGAGAAGCUUUCCACUGGAACCUUAAGGCCCCAGCUAGAGGACCCGGUGCCUUUGUAUGAUGCCACAGUUUCCAUGGAGAUGGUGCAAAAGAAUCAAGUUCGGAAGAGGUUGGUUAUUCAACUCUGAGGUGGACAGACACUCUGGUCGAGCAGUCCCCUUGUCAAAGACAGGCUCCCAAAUUCUGCCUCUCAUAUUUCCUAUGUAUUUGUGGCCAGCAGUGGUGGAAAAAGUACCCAAUUGUCAUACUUGAGUAAUAGUAUAGAUGCCUUUAAUAGAAAGUGAAAGUCACCCAGUAAAAGUAUUUGGUUUUAAAUGUACUGAAUUAUCAAAAGUAAAUGUAAUUUCAAAAUA